GUCAACUCUUCGGAAGCCUUCAAGCUGCGGAGACACCAGAAAGACAUUGAAGAGAUCAAUACAAGAACAUAACCACAAAUGGGCAAUAAUAGUUUUUCAGCCUAAUUCACCUUGCUUUUCCAACCGACCUGCAAAAUCAACUGUAUUUGGUGUUUUUCAGCAUCAUCAAAAAGAUUUUCUGUAUUUGAUAGGUUUUGAAAUAAAGGUCAAAGAAAAUGGCAGCAAUUCCAUCAACGGGCUCUCUUAUUGCCACUCAUGAUUACUACAGAAGGCGCAUAGGAUCUACUUCUAGCAACAGCUCCUGUGGCAGUUCUGAGUACACAGGAGAAGUCAUUCCACACCCCCCAGGUCUGCAGAGACAAGACUCAGGUCACUGGUGGUCAUCUUUCUUUUUUGCAAACAAACAGAACCAGCCUGGCAGCGCAGUUGGAUCAGAUCAAAAGAGUGGAACAUACACAGUGACCAAUGGUCAGGUGACCUGUGCCGCCAUUGAGAUGGUGUUAAACAGUACACUCAAUAGACAGCUCAGUGAAAGCAGUGACUCUGGGAAGGAUUCUGGGAGCCAUCCACCCUACUGAUUCUUCACUUGUACCCCAAACCCUUCCCUUAAAAACCCAACAUCCCUCUACUCACUGUUGAGUCUAGUCUAGAAAAUGGAGGCAGCAGAGAUUUUUUUUACCUUUUAGUAACAGAGGAUUUAUUUCCUCCCUCUGUGUUUAUAAAUAAUAUAUUAUAUCGUUUUAUAAUAAAAGACAAAAAAUCCAAACAAAAAACAUAUGUCUUUCCCAAUGUUUGCCAGAGGUUAUGGUUUUAGUUGUUGAAUAAAUCAAAGCACUUACAAUCAAUUGUUUAUCUUGAGUUGUAUUCCCUAUCCAUUAUAGUUUUUAUAUUUCAGUUUAUAUCAGGUUUGCAAGCAGAUUCAGAGGUAUUUUAUUAAUAAAUAAGAAAAGGGAAGAAAUUGUUUUGGACUUAAAUGCCCUUAUUGGAAGUGACUAUGGCUAUGAUGACCAGGCAUACAUGGAAAAGGCUCCUGGAGGGUCCUUCAGAGGUUCAUCACAUUGAAACUGUGGGUGGAAUCCUGAAAGGUCUAGGAACACUUUAAAAGGGUUCUGCAAAGGAACCCCUUUUUGAAUAGCUCCACAAAAAUCAUUUUGGAGUAGAUUUUUGACUGGGUAGAUUGUAUAUAUUGUUCUUUGAGUAACAAGUAUAAAUAGUUCUUUACUAUACCCUUUGACAUUUUCUUGACAAACAUAUAGGGGAUUCCCCAGAGUAUUAAAGUGAAGGAUACUCUAAUAGUACAUUUUGGAGUGCAGAAAGCUUUUAGGAGGAACUGUUCUAGAAACCGAGAAAAGAGACAAUCAGGGCCUAUGUUUAUGAGUCUAGUCAGAAUCUGUUUGCUAGCCUGUUGCCGUCAAAUGCUGAUGUAUUUGCUAAAUGGAAUUAAGCCAACUAAGCUGCAAUAUUUUUAGCAACAGCUCAUUGAUUAAGAACUGGUUAAUGCUUAAAUAAAAGAGUACACCUGGUCUGUAAUGUAGGUCAGCCACUGUUGGACCACAUUGUGCUACUGUGGAGUCAGAUGGUUUACCACAGAAUAAAAGCGAACAUCAAGUGUG